CCUCCGCUUCCAGCAAUGGUUUCCUCCGCACUCUCCGGUCUCCUCCCCGCGAGCAGCGCGCGAGGCACUAGUCCGGCCGAGGGGCGCCUGCGCAGUGCCCGAGGCAGCAUGAGCGGGGAUCUGUGGGAGCGGCGGCGCCUGCUGGAGGAGCGGGUCCGGGCCUUCCCGGACUUCCCCUCCCCCGGGGUGCUCUUCCGUGAUAUCACCCCUUUGCUAAAGGAUCCUAUAGCCUUCAGGACUGUGAUUGAUAUUUUGGAACAUCGUGUGAGGACACACUAUCCACAGAUCGACUUCAUUGCGGGUCUGGAUUCUCGUGGUUUCCUCUUUGGCCCAGUUCUGGCACAGAGACUAGGGAUUGGCUGUGUGUUAAUACGAAAAAAGGGGAAGCUUCCGGGUCCCACAGAAUCAGUCUCAUACACUCUUGAAUAUGGCCAGGCUGAACUUGAAAUCCAGAGCGAUGCCUUGGAACCGGGAGAGAAAGUGAUCCUCGUUGAUGACCUGCUUGCAACUGGAGGUACCAUGUGUGCAGCCUGUGAGCUGAUGAAGAAGCUGAAGGCUGAUGUCCUAGAGUGUGUGGUGGUCAUAGAGUUAAAAUCUCUGAAAGGGGCAGAAAAACUGAAACCCUUCCCAGUCUACUCUCUGCUGCAAUAUGACUAAUGAGCUUCAGAUGAGAGAAGGUUGCUAUGGUCUGAUUGAGGCUGCCUUCUGAAGAUCUUCUGCUGUUUCUUAUCUUGAUCAAUUGUUUGAAGGCAACAAGCACGUUUUUGGGUGUGAGGAAUGGGAGGUGUGGAUAAUACAUUCCUAUACUAACCUUGACUUCAGUUUAGGUAUUGAACAGGUGCUAUAUCCUAACUACUCCUGUUUAUUUUCCAAGUCAAAGAUUAAAACUUCCUUUUAGAGAUCAAUGCGUAAAUGGUGCUGCUAAGGGCAGUAGUGAGCUAGAUGGAGAACUGAGGUGAUGCCUUUUGUGGGACACAUGUACUGGCUUUUGUUUUCAGCCAAAAAUAGUCAGUACCAUGCUGAGACUUUGUAAUAGGCUCAUUAGAAAUACCAGAGAUGGAAAUGAAUUAUUAUAAAACAGUUCAACAUCGUA